AUGGUGUCCGACGACAUCGUAACUACACCAAGGACUACAGGGCUCGGCGCUACGGAGCAGAGAAAUAUGCGAAAAGAAUCAGUGGUCUCCCAGAAUGUGGAUGCACGACGACAUCUGAAGGUCCUGUUCGAAGAAAAUAUCGCCGCCAAGAUCCUUCGCACUGCUACCGAAGGACUGGUCAACAAUGUGGCCUAUCCAGAAUAUGUGCUGCAGUCUGGCCCAGAGGCUGGCAAGUACAUUCUCAGGGAAGCUGAUUUUUGGACAUGCGGAUUCUUCCCGGGCAGCAUCUACUCCUUGAUUGAGCGAGCCAUCAAGUUCCCACAUGCUUUUGCAAGUCAUGCCAAGAUGCAAUUGCUCCAGACACUCACCGAGCUUGGGCAAGUUUGGGCAGAGCCCAUCCAUGCUAUGGCGCAGAGGACCGACACACACGAUAUGUCAUUCAUGAUCCAACCAAGUAUGCGAGUGCGCUGGGAGGUCUUGCACGAUAAAAGAGCACUUGAGACGAUUCUCACCGCGGCGGCGUCACUGCACACCAGGAACAACACCACAGUGGGCGCCAUCAGGUCAUGGGACGUCCUGGAUCAGAACGGCGUCAGCAUCACCAGCGCCACGGACGAUUUCUUGGUGAUCAUUGACUCCAUGUGCAAUCUGGAUCUCUUGUACUACGCUGCCAGCCACACUGGCGACGAGGAAAUGCGAAGGGCAGCCACAGCUCAUGCCAAGACACUGAUGCGGACACACAUGCGGCCAGAGAAGGCGACAAACACCAACAAGAAUAUGCUCAGCACCAUCCACGUGGUCAACUUUGACCCCAAAACUGGUGAUAUCAAAGAGCGCCGCACCGGUCAGGGUUUCCACGCCACAUCGACUUGGGCUCGAGGCCAGGCGUGGGGUAUCCUGGGGUACGCCCAAACGUUCAUGUGGACUGCGGAUGUUGAGUUCCUCGAGACAUCAAUGGCCCUCGCUGAGUACUUCAUUCAGCGCCUCGAAAGCUCCCCAGCCUGCGUUGAGAUGGCCGUUCCAGGAGAAUCUCGUACGAGGGGUCGCUACGUUCCAUUGUGGGAUUUUGAUGCACCAAUUUUGGACAAGGCAAACCCUCUGAGAGACUCGUCCGCAGGCGUCAUCGCCGCGAAUGGUUUGCUCAUUCUCUCGCAGGCUUUGGCGGGGCUGGGUAGGAGUGAGGAGAGUGCUCGAUUCCGCCAGAUGGCCUUCACGAUCGUGGCUGACACUCUCGACUUUUCUCUCUCUCAGGAUAAGAUGGAGGUGAACUUGGGUGAAGAGGGGAUGGUUGCUCGCGACUGCACCGAGGGAGGCCGAUUCGACGCGAUUCUGAUGAACGCGACGGCCAACUACAAUGCCAAGGACCACAAGAGAUACUGGGAUCACGGGCUAUGCUACGGUGACUACUACUUGAUUGAGUUUGGGAAUAGGCUUUUGAAGAUGGGGUUUGUGUGA